GAGCCUGUGAAGGUGGUAGAACGGAAUAAGGCAGUGGUCGCCAAGGGGACUGAGUUUCGCUACUACGACUACUCCGCGCUGGAGAGGUCCGUGAGCGAGAUUUCGGCCAGCCUCGACGAGGUCGGCGUGCACGGCGCCGACAAGGCGUUCCACGAACUGCGGCCAAGGGCCUACCGUACUGAUCUGUGGCGCUACAUGGUCCUUUGGCAGAACGGCGGCAUCUACAUCGACGCGAAGAUGACGUUUCGGGCGCCCGUGUCCGCCUGGGUGGAUCAGGCAAAUGAUUCCUUUGUUGCCUGCUACGAUCUUCCAGAUGACGGCGUCUACUGGACUGCCAUGCUGGCAGCGCGCAAGCACAACCCCACCCUGUUGGCGAUCAUUGAGCGGAUGAUUUCGAACGCCCAGGAUCUCGAUUGGCACUGGUACCCCUCGAACUGGUUGCAGCACAGCGACCUGGAAAUCACCGGCCCUGGCAUGCUCACCUCGGUGCUGCGUGCCCAGCCAGUAGCUCGGCGCCCGCGCGUCACCUGCAAGCUUACGGGGACUCCGUCGGAGCUGGAAGUGGUCCGUGGCGACCGCGAGCUGCCGAGGUGGUACCGGAAGGCCCACCCGGACUCCCUGGUGGCCGUCGCCGACAACUCCGAGCACCAGGCAAUGAGAACAUGCAGGGACUGCGACUCUUACGCGGACCUGUACAAGAGGCACCAGGUGUACUGCAGCGAGCCGGGCCCAGAGUGCAGGUUUUCCGCCGCCUUCAUCACCGUGCCCCCGGUCGCGCCGUAUUGGUCCUACGCGGGUUGGCGGACGUCGUCUAGCCUGGCUGGGCGGCAAAAGCUGCGGUGGCGGGCGCCCGGGCCUUGCCGCCCGCGGUCGGGCCCUGCCGCCCAUGGUGGCGCGCCCGCGGCCCCCGGCCGCCUCGCGGCGUGCGCCGCCUGAAGCGGCCCAGGCGGCGCGGCGCGCGGGCCGGUUCGGGCGUUGCCAAAAAUGCCCCUGGCCCAAGGUGCCCUCCUCCUUUUUCUCCUCUUGCUCCUCGUGUUCCUCCUCCUCCUCCUCCUCCUCCUC